UCGAUUUAGAUCCGACGGUCAUGGGCGCCGCGGUACCAAAAGACGCUCACUAGAGAGAGGGUAGAGAGACAGAGAGCGAUUUUGUUCUCUCUCUCUACUUGUCUCCGUCGUCUCGUCUAGGGUUUUUGUUUUGUGGACUUUUUCUCAAAUCAAACUCUCAACGUUCUCCUCUCCCUCUCUCUUCUCGCCCAGGUUCCCCCUAGGUUCGAACGGCUGCUCGAGUCGGAGGAGGAGGAGGAGGAGGAGGUUGUCACUUCCUUGGCGAUAUGACUGUGAGUAACGGUGGUUUCCCAGGAGAUUACUUUCGUCAUAAUUUUGAUAAUGCUUCCGAUUGUUUCAAGAGAGAGUCUGUUGAAGAUGAAACUUUUGGUGUCCCCAGAAGGGUUUUACCCUUGUCUGACUUGUCAUCAUCCGAAAGGAAAAAGCUGAUUCAUAAGCUUCGACAGGAGCUGCAACAGAUACGCUCCUUUCAGAAGACUGUUGCCCUUCCUAACUCUACGACUCUCACUAGUACACCUGCAUGCAAUUUGCCUCGUCCCACGAAGAGUUUUGGUAUGUCACGUUGCUCUACUACUACUAACCCAGGACCCAAACCUGAGCCCCUUUCCACUUGUACAAUGCUUCAGAUGAAGCAAUGUGAGAUCCUCUUGAAACGAUUGAUGUCGCAUCAGCAUGGUUGGCUUUUUAAAUCUCCUGUUGAUGUUGUCAAGCUCAACAUACCUGAUUAUUUUUCCAUUAUCAAACAUCCUAUGGAUUUAGGAACUGUUAAGACCAAGUUAACCUCCGGCACAUAUUUAACCCCAUCUGAGUUUUCUGCUGAUGUCCGUCUUACUUUUCGUAACGCAAUGACAUAUAACCCCAUCGGAAACAAGGUUUUUAACAUGGCUGAUUCUCUCUCCAAGUUUUUUGAGUUGAAGUGGAAAACUAUUGAGAAGAAGUCAUCUGGAACCACCUCCGAACCAAGUAACUUGGCUACCUAUGCUGACAAAGAGGUUGUAAUGCCUGAGCCUCUUGCUAAGAAGAGAAAGAUCAAUGCUGUGAACUUAGAGCCUGCUAAACGGGUUAUGGCAGAUGAGGAUAAAGUAAAGCUUGGCAGAGAUUUGGGCUCCUUAACAGAAUUCCCAGUACAUAUAAUCAAUUUUCUGAGAGAUCACAGCUCCAAGGAAGAUGGAUCUGGAGACGAUGAGAUAGAGAUUGACGUUAAUGAUCUCAGUCAUGAUGCCUUGUUCCAGUUGCGGGAUCUCUUUGAUGAGUUCAUGCGACAAAAUCAGAAGAAAGAUUCAAACGGUGAACCCUGUGAGCUAGAGCUUUUACAUGGGUCAGGGCCCGGAAAUUCAUUGAUGCAACACUGUGAUGGGAGUGAAUUGGAGGACGAGUAUGUUGACGUUGGUAAUUAUGAGCACCCUAUAUCUCACAUCUCAUCUGUCAAGACAGAAAAAGGCUCUAGUAGCUCGGAGAGUGUACCAGAUGAUCCUACAACCACAAGAUUAUUGUGUUUAUCAAAGGGUCCUGAGAGCAUGGAUUCGGAAUCUCCCUUGGAUGGAGCUACAAGCAGUUCCCCAAAGAGAAAACCAGCUUCCGUCGGUGGAUUAAAUCAGUUGGAAAAUGCAUCCAAAGGGAAGCUAAGUCCUGUUGAAGGGGUCAAUAGUCAUAAAGAUGGAAAUAGUGCUCAGAAUGAGAAGCAACUACCUCCGGAAAAGCGUUACAGGGCUGCUCUAUUGAAAAGUCAAUAUGCGGAUUUAAUCUUGAAGGCUCGAGAGAAAACUCUUAAUCAGAAUGAGAAACGAAACCCAGAGAAACUGCGACUUGAGAAGGAUGAACUCGAAUUGCAAAAGAAGAAAGAAAAAGCACGGUUACAAGCAGAAGCCAAGGAAGCUGAAGAAGCUCGUAGAAAAGCUAAGGCACAGGCUGCAGCUGAAGCUGCGGCUGAGGCUAAAAGGAAAUUGGGACUUGAAAGAGAAGCAGCCCGACAGGCAUUGCUUGAGAUGGAGAAGUCGGUUGAAAUAAAUGAGAAUUCAAGGUUCCUCAAGGACCUUGAACUGCUUAAAACGGUUAACACGGACCAUUUGACAAAUCUAAGAGAGGUUGGCCAUGACUCUGAUGGGCUGGGUGUUUUUGGGUUUGGAGGAAGCAAUCCUCUAGAGCAGCUGGGGCUAUUUAUGAAACAUGAUGAGGAUGAAGAUGAAGCCGACCUGCUUUGUUUUCAAGAUCCCAGCAACGAAGUAGAAGAGGGUGAAAUUGACUGAGAUUCACGAGUGUUGUAAUUGGGUAAUAGCAGCCAAGUGUACAUGAGAAUCAGAGAGUUGUUGUAAAAAAAACGAUUAGUUAGAUUCAAAAAUGUAAACCAGUUUUUUUUUUAAUCCGAGUAAACCACUGACACUU